UCAAUUUAGUUUGCUCAUUAAUCAAAUUCUUCUAUAAUUAACUGAAAAUUUCAUCUUUCUUACCUACGAAAACGUAGUUAGCACUCAAAAGUUUCUUAUUUUGUUUUGUUGGUAAAUAUUUGCUCUUCGAACGAAAAUCAUCAGCCUCAUCAUCGAUCAGCAUAUAUGUUGUCCAUGAACUUACAACAGGGGAAAAACAAACGCUGAAAACUCACGUGUCGAGACGAUGGAUUUAUUCACAAUUGACACAAAAGGUGCCGAAGAAGAAGGUGGAAUUAUUUUUUCUAAUGACGAGGAUGAUGCAGACGAUUCAAAUGGUGAAGAGCCUGUUGAAUUUGAAGAUGAAAACAAAGAAGGUGACCAUUCCAGUCAAUUAGAUGAUGAGGCCAGUAAUACUGAUGCUGAAACUUCAGACGAUUGUGGAGAAGAAGUUGGUGGCAGGGAGGAGGUUGAAUGGUCAGAUCGUUCAGACGAGGAACAGGAUUCAGGUGGAAUCAAAGAAGAAGAUAAUAUUAGCGAGGUAUCUGCUGAACCAGUGGACAGGAAAAUGAACAACUUAUUUGAGGAGUCUUCCGACGAAGAGGAGAUUGUAAAAGUUAGUAAAAGAUUCCAACUUUUUUCCAAUGAGCCAAGGAAAAGCGAAAGACAAAUUGUGAAGCCGAAGAAAAAUGUAUUUGACUUCAGUGAAGUGUACAUCAAUUUUGAUAUGGACAGUUUUGGCCAAACCACUGCCACAGAGACACUGCAGAGUGCAAGGAAAAGUGAGGUGGACGAACUCCUGGCAAAAAAGAGCAUUGCUCAUCAACCCGGCUUUAACCAGUUGGAUUGUCUCCCUCACAGUGACCUUUCCAAGAAAAAGGCUAGAAAAAUAAGACAGAUUGAGAGAGAAAAGUCGAAAGGAGACAAGUGGUUCAACAUGCCAGCGACAGAGGUCACCGAAGAGGUCAAAAGGGACUUAGAAAUGCUUCAGAUGCGCUCGGCGUUGGACCCUAAGACAUUCUACAAGAAAAACGACUUGAAAGUUCUUCCAAAAUAUUUCCAGAUUGGCCGAGUGGUGGACAAUGCUGCAGAUUUUUACCACUCUCGUAUUCCGAAGAAAGAUCGGAAACGCACAAUGGUUGACGAGUUGCUAGCCGAUGCAGAAUUUCAGCAAAGGAGCAAAAAGAAGUACAAGGAAAUUGUAGCUGAGAAGCAGCAAACACAUCAUAAAGCUCAUAGGCAAGCUAAAAAGCUUAAAGGAAGGAAGAAGUAAUAAAUAACCAAAAAUUUU